AUGCUUACCCUAACCGUAGCCAUUUCGUUUUUGUUUGUUUCAACAUUAUGCGGCGGAAAGAAGAAGCCGCAAGGCAAAAAGGGCGAAACCGGUCCCAGCAGCAAAUCGCAACUCAAUCCGUCGCCAGCGCCAGCGCCCGCUCAACCAGCACCAGCGGCGGCGGCUGCCGCGCCAGCUCCGGAGAAGAAGGACGAAGAGAAGAAGGACGAGGAGAAGAAGGAAGAGAAGAAGGAGGAGAAGAAGUCGGAGAAGGGAGGAGAUGAGAAGAAGGAUGAUGAGAAGAAAGAGGAUGAGAAGAAGGAUGAAAAGAAGGAGGAUGACGAGAAGGAUGACAAGAAGGAUGAAAAGAAGGAUGACGAGAAGAAGAAGGAGACGAAGCCGAAGGAGGAGAUCAAACCGAAGGAGAUCGCGAAGAAUGCCAAAGAGGAAAAGAUCGCGAAGGGCGAGAAGAGAAAUAAGGGCGACUAUCCAACGUUCAAUGAUGUUGAGAGCGAUUGGGACUCGGCGAAGGAUAAGGACAAGAAGAAAAAGAAGGAAGAUGGUGCUGGCGGCAAGUCGAAAGAGAAGGAGGCGAAAUCGAAGAGAAAGGACGAGAAGGAGAAAUCAAAGAAGGAUGAUAAGAAGGAAGAGAAGAAGGAGGAUGAGAAAAAGGAGGAGAAGAAAGAGGAGAAGAAAGAGGAGAAAGAGGAAAAGAAGGAGGAUGAGAAGAAGGACGAGGAAAAGAAGGAAGACGAGAAAAAAGAGGAGGACAAGAAAGAGUAG